GAACAACCGAGAGAGACUUGCAUCUGUGCUGAGCUCUUGAAACAGGCAAGGCAUAAAUUACAGACACAAAGAUGGCACUUUAUAUGAGGCUCCUUCUGUUGGUUCAACUUUGUAAUUGCAGCAUAGACGUAUGUCCCUCCUCUUGCAUCUGCUCUCCAAUGAAAACGAAGGGGUUUAUAGUCAACUGCAGUUCGCGACACCUUGCAGCAGUGCCAGAACUCCCAGAGAAUACAAUCAAGUUGUAUUUGCAACACAACUUGAUGACUUCUGUUCCUCAAGGAGCCUUUGAUCACUUAGUCAGUCUCCAGGAAGUCGAUAUGUCUGAAAACCCUUGGGAUUGUGACUGUAAAAUUCUAUAUCUGAAAAACUGGCUUGAGUCCCAACCUGUGCAGAUAAACCUUGCAAAUGUGAGGUGUGCAACCCCUAAAUCAUCAUCAAUGAGGCCUUUCCAAAACUUGACUGGUAAUGAAAUCAUUGGGUGUCAGAGACCAUGGCCAAUACAGUGUAAAAGGUUCUUUGUGCGAGAUCUUUAUUUGAUUGGUUUUGCUGUAGUGAUCCUUAUUAUGAUGUCUUAUGUGGUGCAGUUGUCCCGGAGACUGGCCUGUCGUGUGGCACUCACUCCUAUCUAUCGACAUAAAAUCUCUUACAACGAGAGUCACAAGUCAAAGUAAGACCUUGCUAUUAAGUUCUAGGCUGCCUGUAGGAGCAUCAGAAGAAUAUUUGUGACUGAAGACAAGGUAAAUUCUUCAAGAGGUUCCACGUGGUCCCCAAUAAGACUCACUUCUACAAGUACAGGUUGAGUAUCCCAUAUCCAAAUAUUCCGAAAUACGGAAUAUUCCGAAAUACAGAAUUUUUUGAGUGAGACUAAGAUAGUGAAACCUUUGUUUUUUGAUUGCUCAAUGUACACAAACUUUGUUUAACACAGAAAAUGAUUCAAAAUAUUGUAUUAAAUGACCUUCAGGCUGUGUGUAUAAGGUGUAUAUGAAACAUAAAUGAAUUGUAUGUAUGUACACAAACUUUGUUUAAUGCACUAAGUUAUUAAACAUAUUGGCUAAAAUGACCUUCAGA